GUGUGUUUGGAGAGGAGACAGAGGGGCGCUUUGUGCCAGCUCAGCUCCCUCGAUCGCUCUUCCGCCUUUUCCUUUCCCCCCUCCCUCUCUCUCACUCUCUAUCCUGCUUUCCCACUUUUUCUUUCUCAAGCUCCCAGAGCUCACAUGAACCUGGGUACUUAAAAUAUGCUAUCUCUGCUCUGCUCUUCGCUCCUGGUCAUUCUAGCUCAACAGGUGAGCGCUGCGACUUUCCUUUUCUCUUGCUUCAGAAUAAUGAUGAGUUGUGUCUCCGCGGUCUCUGAUAGGACAAGACUUGAUGUGGUACUCAACACCUGCUUUCUAGGAAGAACCAGGAAAAGGGUGAUGACAGCAAGCCAUAGAAAAAGAUGGUAGGGUUGCUCUCAGAGUAAGGUUGUAUAUGUUAGUUAUACCUUAAAAUAUGUUGAACUUGCAUUGGUUACUUUCUAGUUUAUUUUAUUAGAGUGAAAGUGUUUUCUUGGACUUAUUUACAUUUUUUAUGAAUGAGUAUCAAAUUCUUCAGUGGCAGGAGCCUUGUUGAGUGAGGUAAUGUUGUAGUAAAGUUACAGUAAAAAGGGUUCCCUUUGCGUCACUUUUUAACCCCCUAGUCGAUUGAUGCACCAGUGUGUCAAUCUAAAUUACAUACCCAAAUAAUCCCUAUCAAACUCUGUCAGUUUAAACUAGAGAUAUCAGGUUGUUUGCGUUGGAUGCUUCUCAAUCCACCGCAUCCGCCAGAGUCGCAUUUCCGCAUCUGCAGUGAAAGGUGGCAGAGCUAGAGCAGUAUUUGUCAGCAGGGGCGGUGUGUUCAUUAGGGCGAUAUGGGCGACGCACUGCCAAACGGGAAAAGGAAGGGAUUUUUUUUCUAAUCAAUUAUAUCACGGCAACAGUAGUUAUCAGUGUUCUAAUCUAGACGUCUGAUCUGCCACUAAAUGUCCAAUCAGGCUAAAGUCGUGCUUCAAAUGGCCCCGCCCCUUUUGGGGCGAUUUCAGUCAGGUUGAAAAUCGCCCCAGAAGUCUCUCAUAGACUCUCAUGUAAAAUCUUUUUGUUUCAAAUAUCAGAGCUUUCAAUACAAUCUCUAUAGGUUCCGGGAGGGCUUGCACUUACGCGCUUUCGUCAUACGUAACAUAACCAUGAACGUAACUAAGAAAAGAGCGGGUAGCAGCGUCAAUCAAUUCACGUACUACUGUCAAGAUGGCUAGCGUUCAGUGCAACUCGAUUGUCUCUUUGAAAGAAGUUCCUUUUUGUCGGCGAACAAAUCAAGAUAAAUUGGCAACGAAACAAUUAGGACCUCCCAGACCAAAUUUAAUAAUUCAACAGGUUUCUACUAAAGGGGGAAAGUCCUACACCCGAGGAUUUUCCAAAAAUUGGUACGAACGAAAAACCUGGCUAGCAGGCUGUGAUGUAGCUAAUGCAGUCUUCUGCUACCCCCUGCUUACUCUUUCACCCUGAAGGCGGCACGGCAGACAGCACCGCUUGGACAGCGACUGGUGUAACGGACAUGCACCAUCUUUCAGAAAAGAUUAAGAAACAUGAGCUGUCAAAGACCCACAUGGAUAGCUGUUUGAGAUUGUCUGCAUUGGGGAGAGUGAACAUUGCCACUCAACUGGAUGAGGGAUACAGGCUAGCUGUCCGCCGCCACAACGAUGAGGUUAGCAAGAACCGCCACAUCCUCAGCCGGCUAAUCCAGUGUGUGAAGUUUUGCGGAGUGUUUGAGUUAGCUUUGCGAGGCAAAGAUGAAACUGAGGGCUCCACCAACCCUGGUAUUUUUCUUGGACUUGUCAACUUUGUGGCACAAUUAGAUGAGGUGUUUUAUGGAAAUGCAUAUUGUUUAUGCAGUGUUGAGGAAUGUGAAAGAACACCCUUGAUUAUUUUUACUGUGAUAACUUAUUUUGAUUUUGUAAGCCAACACUUUUGAGAUCAGGCAAUAAAUGCUUCUGGUAUUGACUUAUAUGCUGCCCCUGUCUUCAUGUUGUUGCUGGACAUAUCUUUUUUAAAAUGUGUGUAGGUCACCUAAAUCAUCAGAAAUAUUGCCCCCCCUGAGAAUUUUUUCAGGAGCCACCACUGUUUGUCAGACCAUGAGACAUCCUGAAAAUCACUCUUCUCGCGAAAACGUCUGUAGUGUCCGAACGGUUUGACCUACAAACUAUUGACUAUGACCACUAUAUGGAAAGAGGAAACUCUCACGAAGACGAUGGUGUUCUCCCUUUUGCUCUACGACCCCCACAAGUGUCAGGAGACUCAUCUGAAGUUGGUACCGUCGAUGUGCCAAUUUAUGUUUGGUAGCAUCCAAACCGUUUGGGCAACAAACUAAUGGGACCCUACUGUGGAAAGGGUAGAUUCUCACGAACACUGUACGACCCCCACAAGUGUCACGGGACUUGUCUGAAGGUAACUGGUACCGGUUUAAAAAAACUAAUGGAAGUAUGAAGGUAACUGUAGUUUUGUGCCUACCCAAAAAAAGGGGUUAAAUAUGUGUUAAAACCAACAAAAUACAUCCAGAGUUUUUUUUUAACGUCUCCUAGAUUUAGGACAGACACUUCAAAACCUUGUUUCCUAUUAUUUAUUUUUUUACUGUCCUUUUUGCCAUUUAUUAACGUGUUUUUCAAUGUGUUUCUAUGGGCUAUAGCAGUACAAUAUUUUAUAAAAUAAAAAUGUUAUACAGUGCCUUGCAAAAGUAUUCAUCCCCCUUCGCAUUUUUCCUAUUUUGUUGCAUUACAACCUGUAAUUUAAAUGGAUUUUUAUUUGGAUUUCAUGUAAUGGACAUACACAAAAUAGUCCAAAUGAAAUGAAGUGAAAUGAAAAAAAUAACUUUUUCCAAAAAUUCUAAAAAAUAAAUAAUGGAAAAGUGGUGCGUGCAUAUCUAUUCACCCCCUUUGCUAUGAAUCUCCUAAAUAAGAUCUGGUGCAACCAUUUACCUUCAGAAGUCACAUAAUUAGUUAAAUAAAGUCCACCUGAGUGCAAUCUAAGUGUCACAUGAUCUGUCACAUGAUCUCAGUAUAUAUACAACUGUUCUGAAAGGCCCCAGAGUCUGCAACACCACUAAGCAAGGGGCACCACCAAGCAAGCGGCACCAUGAAGACCAAGGAGCUCUCCAAACAGGUCAGGGACAAAGUUGUGGAGAAGUACAGGGUUGGGUUAUAAAAAAAUAUCAGAAACUUUGAACAUCCCAAGGAGCACCAUUAAAUACAUUAUUAGAAAAUGGAAAGAAUAUGGCACAACAACAGACCUGCCAAGAGAGGGCCGCCCACCAAAACUCAAGGACCAGGCUAGGAGGGCAUUAAUCAGAGAAGCAACAAAGAGACCAAAGAUAAGGAGGAGAAAAAGCUCCACAGCGGAGAUUGGAGUAUCUGUCCAUAGGACCACUUUAAGCCAUACACUCCACAGAGCUGGGCUUUACGGAAGAGUGGCCAGAAAAAAGCCAUUGCUUAAAGAAAAAAAUAAGCAAACACGUUUGGUGUUCGCCAGAAGGCAUGUGGCAGACUCCCCAAACAUAUGGAAGAAGGUACUCUGGUCAGAUGAGACUAAAAUUUAGCUUUUUGGCCAUCAAGGAAAAUGCUAUGUCUGGCGUAAACCCAACACCUCUCAUCACCCCGAGAACACCAUCCCCACAGUGAAGCAUGGUGGUGGCAGCAUCAUGCUGUGGGGAUGUUUUUCAUCGGCAGGGACUGGGAAACUUGUCAGAACUGAAGGAAUGAUGGAUGGCGCUAAAUACAGAGAAAUUCUUGAGGGAAACCUGUUUCAGUCUUCCAGAGAUUUGAGACUGGGACGGAGGUUCACCUUCCAGCAGGACAAUGACCCUAAGCAUACUGCUAAAGCAACACUCGAGUGGUUUAAGGGGAAACAUUUAAAUGUCUUGGAAUGGCCUAGUCAAAGCCCAGACCUCAAUCCAAAUGAGGAUCUGUGGUAUGACUUAAAGAUUGCUGUACACCAGCGGAACCCAUCCAACUUGAAGGAGCUGGAGCAGUUUUGCCUUGAAGAAUGGGCAAACAUCCCAGUGGCUAGAUGUGCCAAGCUUAUAGAGACAUACCCCAAGAGACUUGCAGCUGUUUUGGGGGGUGGGGGGUGUGGGGGGUGGGGGGGGGGGUGGGGGGGGGGGGGGGGGGGGGGGGGUGAAUAGUUAUGCACGCUCAAGUUUUCUGUUUUUUUUGUCUUAUUUCUUGUUUGUUUCACCCCAAAAAAAAUUUGGAUCUUCAAAGUGGUAGGCAUGUUGUGUAAAUCAAAUGAUACAAACCCCAAAAAAAUCAAUUUAAAAAAAGGCAACAAAAUAGGAAAAAUGCCAAGGGGGUGAAUACUUUCGCAAGCCACUGUAUAUGUUUUUGAUACCUAAAGUGGUCCUAAAUUCUAAAUCAAAUGGAUAAAUGAUCCAUAGUAUGACCAUCUUAGUAUGACCCCCCCCCCCCACACACACACACACAUAUCAGACUCUAAAUAAUUAAAAGAGGUUACUAACAAAAGAGAGGGCAAGUUAUGAGGUAUGCUGUGUUUUGAAAGGUUUCAGUAGAGUAGGUCCGUUUUCACACCAUGAAAUUAGCUCAUUAUGUUAACCUGGCAGAAAGGCUUCAGAUUUUUGCCAUAACCCCCAGAGACCCUGGGAAGCAGUUAAGGCUGUGUUCCAAAUAGUACCUUAUUCCCUAUGUAGUGCACUACUUUUGACCAGAAUGUAGUGCACUAUGUAGAGAAUAGGGUGCCAUUUGGAAUGGACCCUAAGCACUUGCCCUCACUAUGGACCUAACUGACAACACACUGGGAUUGCAUCAUAGUCAAUGGGCAUUUCAUUGACUUGUCCCCUUCUACUAAGUUGUCCUUUUUUUAAUAAUACAGUUGAAAUCUGUGCUAUAGAAUUUCCAUAUGCUGGAACAGAAAUGAAUUGCUCCCAGUUAAACUGAGGUAAAUACUGGGAUGUACUGCUCAUGUACAAAGGAGCUACUUGUUUAAAUCAAAUCAAAUCAAAUUUUAUUUGCCACAUGCGCCGAAUACAACAGGUGUAGACAUUACAGUGAAAUGCUAACUUACAAGCCCUUAACCAACAAUGCAGUUUUUAAGAAAAUAAAAAAGUGUUAAGUAAAAAAUAGAUAAGUAAAAAAUAACAAAUUGCAAAUAAUUAAAGAGCAGCAGUAAAAUAAAAUAACAGUAGGGAGGCUAUAUACAGGGGGUACCGGUACAGAGUCAAUGUGCGAGGUAAUUGAGGGAAUAUGUACAUGUGAGUAGAGUUAAAGUGACUAUGCAUAAAUAAUCAACAGAGUAGCAGCAGCAUAAAAGAUGGGGGUGGGAAGUGGGGGUUGAGGUGGGGUGGUGUGGGGUGGGGGGGGCAAUGCAAAUAGUCUGGGUAACCAUGAUUAGCUGUUCAGGAGUCUUAUGGCUUGGGGGUAGAAGCUGUUAAGAAGCAUAAGUGAUGAGCUGAUUUUUCGAUGGCUCCAUCUUGAUUUAAACAUGGCUAUUUCUAGAUGAAUGAGAAGUCAUUGCUGAAAUUGCAAACACUGUCCAUGUAUGUUUGACAGGGAAUGAAAAAUACAAAAAUGCAGUAAUUUACACAUCAGGAAUGUAUGAUAUAUUGUAAAGUGUGAACCAAAAUGCUUAUCUGAAUUCGCGCACAAUUAAUACCGAUAUAAUUGCUAUAAUAUUUGGGCUAACAUAGAUUUUUCAAAUUGAUUGAUGGAAUUUGUUGAUACUUUUACUAAUCAUGCGUUGUUUUGCUGUUCUGAUCCUUUUAUCCUUGUUCUAUCCUUUAGCCUCUUGACUGUUGUGAAAUGUGAAUGUUCUGAAAGUUUUACCCAUAGGUGACUUCUUGGUGAACUUUAAACUUUAUCAAGAACUUCUAUAUUAGGUCACAUAAAGCAACACUUUCAGAACAGUAAAUCACAGGCUUUGUAUAAUAUUACUUGUUUUAGUUUAAGGGGACCCUCUGGUCUUUGUUCAUCCCACCUCCCAAGCAGUGCUCUUUUACCCUUAACCCUAUAAGAACCCUGUCCUCUCCUUCCCUCCAGUCUCUAUGCAGGGCUCAGAACCAUGGUGGGCAGCUGUCUGCUCCGCGAGGCAGCAAGGCCGUGUUGGAGAGGAAACAGUUCUGCCACUGGCCCUGUAAGUGCCGGGCUAAGCCCCAGUGUGCCCCAGGGGUCAGCUCUGUGCUAGAUGACUGCGGCUGCUGUAAGAGCUGUGCCCGGCAAAUCAGAGAGGCCUGCAAUGAGAGGGACAUCUGCGACCCCCACAAGGGCAUGUACUGCGAUUUCUCUAAAGACCAGCUGCGAUAUGAGGUCGGAGUCUGCGCUUGUGAGUGAACGUUUCAUUUGUAGCCCAUGGGCUAUCAACAAAGUUAAGUCAAUGUAUAAUUGAAUGUCUCAAGGUCAAUUACUUAUUUUCAGAGGGGAGAGGAGCUGGAUUGUGCAAUAGGUCUCUGCUAUUUCAAAGAACUGGCUAUAUACUUUACUACAUGAAAAUACUUCAAUCCCAUGCUACUCACUCAGGAUUGGAGAUUUGCAUAAACCUGUAGUUCCAUGGGACUGGUUUACUCAUUUAUCCAGGGUCUCUUUGAUCAUCAAAGGACUCCAUUAGGUCAAACACAUAUUUAAAUCAGGCAAAUACCCCAAGGCUGACCACACUUUGAGACACACUAACACCACAAGAAUGCGGCAAGCAUUGCAUAGGCCAGUCAACUGAGUUGAGUUCUGUUUCCCUUAUCGCCUGCUCCUAGACUUGAUGGCAGUGGGCUGUGACUUGAACUGGGCCCACUAUGAGAACGGCGAGGCCUUUCAGCCCAGCCCACUGUAUAAGUGCACGUGCAUCGCGGGAGCCAUCGGCUGCACCCUGGCCUUCAUAAGGAAGCCUGCUGGUCUCCUGGGUCCUGCCCCUCUGAGGAGCAACACACCCCUGCCAGCCGGCCACCAGAGCGCCCCCGGUGCUUCCAGGAAGCACCAGCAGGAUACGACCUACAUGGCCACCAUGCCAGGUGUGUGUUAGCAGAGAAAACCAGGGCCAGAAUCGCCAGCUUGUCUGCCCUGGAAUGCUAAUUGCUGUGAAAGUAAGCUGGAUGGAAAGAGGGAGGCUGAGGGCAUUUUUAUUACUUUGGCUGGGAAGUGCAGAGAGGAUGGAGUGUGGCUGACUGAGGGCUCUUGAUUCACUCUGAACAGCAUGUGCUCUGUGGCAGCAUGGCAGGGACAGGCGGGUUCCUUCUUCUAGCGGUCUGAGUGCCCUUUAAUACUGAAAGCUUACAGGGAUCCUCCUUUAGUCUGGAAGAAGAACUGCCUGAUCCAGACCACUCCGUGGAGUCCCUGCUCCAAGACCUGCGGCCUGGGUAUCUCAGUCUGGGUCAACAACGACAACGGCAAGUGUGAGAUGAGGAAGGACCGCCGCCUCUGCCUGCUGCGGCCGUGUGAGAAGAGCAUCAUGAAGAACGUCAAGGUGACCGACCACCGAUCAGCCAGGCUCUCUCUGGGGGCUGAUGAUGCAUUGUUCAGAUGGUGAUGAUGGGUGAAAUGUAAAAGGAAUUCCCUGUAUGCCCACAACACCCUAAAUAUGACAGUGGUCUUGGAUUGACUGUAUACAUUCACCAAAGGAGAGCAGAAGAAGUCUGAUAGGGUUUCUAUAUGAAUCUUAAGACUUAAUAAUAAUAAUAACUUGGUGGGUGCUUACAUUUGUCUUAUUUCACACAUGUACAGGUGUGUAUUAAUACGCAUGUGUGAAUAGGAAAUGUGUUUUUUUGUAUAUCCCAACUCUCCCUAAGACACCCUCGGAGAGUGGGGUCACGGCCAGGGUAAAUUUAAAUGUCCUUUUUCCCUCUAGAUGCUGAGAGGAAAGAUGUGUAAGCCCAAGUUCCAGGCCAAGAAAGCGGAGAAGCUGACCCUGUCUGGGUGUACCAGCACCAAGAGUUUCAAACCCACUUACUGCGGCAUCUGCACCGACAAGCGCUGCUGCGUCCCCAACAAAUCCAAAAUGGUGGCCGUCAACUUCAAGUGCAAGGGCGGCUCCAGCGUGCGCUGGAAGAUGCAGUGGAUAAUGUCCUGCGUGUGCCAGAGGAAGUGCGAUGACCCUGAGGACAUGUUCGCAGAGCUACGCUUCCUCUAG